UUUAUUUAAAAUAUAUGACUAAACAACUUAAUACCAAAAGUGUUUUUUUAGGUGUUCAAUCGUGUGGCCAACGUGUGUGUGAACAAACAGCGGUGUUAUGAAUGGGGCGUUCUUCGAAACCAAGGCGACACAGAUAAAAACUAGUCAUAAACAUGAAAGCUUGGAACCGUUUCUUUUAUCGUAAUCCAAAGGGGUCAAUAGAUGCAGACAGGCAAUGGAAAUUACAAAACGAAUUAGUUGAAAGAAACCCAAUUUAUAAGAUGGUUGAUUUUUCUGGGGGUGGAAGCUUGCUUGAAGAAUAUAAAGAAAAAGCAAAAGAUGAACCUGAUGAUGAAAAAAUAAAUCGUAUAAAAGAAUAUUUUGAAACCAAGAUUAAGCCGGAAUAUCUUUUGGGUGGAUGCGAAGUUAUAACAGAGAAGGUUUAUCAGGAUUGGCAUAAUAGACAAAGUCACAGAAAUAAACUAUAUUUGGAAGCUAAAGAAAAGGAUACUGACAUAGAAAUAACACAUUAUGAAGCAGACAAACUUUCAAUUGCAAGCUUAGCAACCGUUAUUAAACCUUUCAAUGAACAUAUGGUGGCAUGGAAGCUAGAUAAAAGGGGAGCAGUUGGUGAAACACCUAUGCAUCUUUUGUUUUUAAACAACACGGAGAACCAUACCAACAUUGCAAGAGUUUUGCUGGAACAAUGUCCAGAACUGGCAAAAGAUAUUUAUGAAGGGGAAUACUACUACGGUGAGUCUUGUUUGCAUUUGGCAAUCAUUCAACAAAAUGUUGUAGGUGUAAAAAUCCUACUAAACACAAAUAAUGUUAAUGUCCAUGAGCGUGCUAGGGGAAAAUUUUUUCUCCCUGUUGACAUUAAGCGAGGCGAUGUAAAACUUCGAAAACAUAAAUAUGAGGGAUUUGCUUACUAUGGUGAGUAUCCUUUAUCAUUUGCAGCCAGUGUUGGAAAUCAUGAAAUUUAUGAUUUGCUUAUUGAUCAUGGUAGUGAUCCUACCUUGACCGAUCGAUUUGGUAAUAAUGUCCUUCAUAUGACUGUCAUACACAAUCAACCAGGAAUGUAUUAUUAUGUUUUAAAGCACUCAAAACGAAGUCCAGACCCGAAUGCUAAAAAUAAAGAAAACUUAACUCCUCUUGCACUCGCUUCUUUCCUUGGAAAACAACAUAUGUUUGAAAAGAUUCUCGAAAUUUCUGCAAAGCAGUAUUGGUCAUACAAUACUGUCACAUGCUCUGUAUACCCUUUGCGUUCUUUGGAUUCAAUCGGUGAGAAUGGUGAAACAGAUUGGGAUUCUGCUUUAAUGAAGACAAUCAGAGGAACCAAAGACAAUCAUCUUGACAUGAUCUCCAACAAUGUGGUGCAUCGACUUUUAAAUGAAAAAUGGGAGAAAUUCGGACGUAAUAAGUUCUACAGACUGCUGGCAGCAUUUCUGUUACACAUUUUGUUUCUUACGAUUGCAGUCUAUCUUCGACCAAAUUUAGCAAGUGAUCUAAGGCAUGGGAGCAGUAGCGGUGAUAUUGCACGAUAUGUUUUUGAAUCCUUAGUCAUUUUUAUAUCACUGUUCGUAUUAUACUUUGCUGUGAAAGAAGUGUACCUUGAACACAUAUCUGGAUACCUCACCAACAUAGCCACCAUCCCUUCCAGGCUUAUCUACACAAUCGGUUGUUUGUUAAUUCUGCUGUGCAUUCCAAUGCGAUUUACUGAGCUAUAUGCUGUGGAGGAUUGGUUACUUGUGUUUGCUGUGCCAGGUAUUUGGUCCUACUUGCUAUUCUUUUUACGUAACAGCUCAUUGACCGGUCCAUUUAUCACCAUGAUCUAUAAAAUGUUGGCUACAGACAUGGCAAGAUUUGGUGUUAUUUAUAUUAUAAUUUUAACCACUUCAAGUGUAGCAUUCUUUUACCAAUUUACGGGUCAAAAUGUUUUUGCAUUUUUAACUGAAAGUGGAACAUUUAUGACCCUAAUUCAAAUGAGCUUUGGUGAAUUCAGUUAUGAUGAUGUUCUAAAUGGCAAAUACCAAGCGAUAUCAAUUAUUUUGUUCAUUAUAUUCAUGUUGUUGGUGCAUGUUUUACUAUUAAGUAUGCUUAUUGCCAUGAUGACCAGAACAUAUGAAAAAAUAUAUAAAAAGGCAGAAAAAGUUUGGCGUAAACAGUGGGCUUCCAUGGUGAUCAUCAUGGAACGUUCACAUCGCAAUGAUGAAAAACUAAAGUUUCAAGAACAAUAUAUGGUAAACUUCUCAGCGGAAAGAGUAACUAGCCAAGGGGAGGCGGGAGCAGCUAGAUCUAGUUCUAAUUUGAAGGACCGAGCAUUAAUGGUCGUUCAAAACCAAGUCACUUCUGAAAGUCAAAGGAAACAUGCUGUACAAGCAAGUUGGAAGAAAUUUGGUCGGAAAAUUAUUCGCGAUGGCUCACCUGAAAAACAUUCUUCCCCGUCACCAAUGAUCAAUGUACGUGGGUUUGAUGGAAUGGUAAAUCUUAUGUCCAAUGCUUCAAAAAUUCAAAAGGAUGAAGAAAAUUCAAUUUUUGAUGACAUUUCUCACACUAUUCUUUCAGUAUCUAGAUUCUAGACCAACUUCAUCACUUUCACAAAGUGCUCAGGAUUACACUGUGUAAACUUAAAUUUUGUAUUACUAUUUUUCAUUCACGUUUGCACUUUCUUUUUAUAUCAACAUUUGCACUUUUUUGAGCUUUAUAUGAUUAUAAGUAGAUGCACACGUAUAGUUAUACUUAUAAAGCAAAAAUAUUUUAUGCAGGGUAUUUUUUAAUUGUAUCUUUUUUUGUAGAUUUACUUGUAUCUUGUUUGUAUGUAUGGUCACACCUAAAAUGUUGUAUUGAAUAGUGAGUUUGUAGUUAGCUGUUACUCAAUCAAUAUUUCUGUGCCCACUGUUAUAGAUGAACCAUUUUAAUUAAAGCUUUGAUAAUUUUUAUUAUACCGUUUCCUGUAUUAAAAAUGUAUAACAAUCAGCAGGUUGCUUCUAUGAAAUCAAUCAAACUAUUAAUUUAAAAUGUUGUACACUUGGAACUUGUAUUGUGACUGUGAGCCCUUUAACAGUGAUUGAUUAAUAAGUAUUUAUUUUCACUGAUGGCACAGUGAUAAGUGCACCUGCCUAUGGCCCGAAAUCUUCUUAAGGCUUAUCGCUGUUACCUAUGUGGCCUUGGGCAAAACCCCAUUGGUCAAAAAUUGCUUUCUAAAUGGUAAGCUAAAGUUACAUUACAGGGUAACGCGUAAAUGGGCAGGUCUAUGAAAUGGAAGAUUCGUGUUAUAUUGACUGACGUUUUUUCCACCGUGCGAAAAAAAAGCAAGUUACAUUCAUUUUAGUUUUACCCAGUAUUAUGCCUAUUUGCAACAAACAUUUUUAAUCAAAGACUGUCCUAAAAUUUUUGGUACAUCGCAAUUUGAUUUAAAUAUUGUAUUG